AUGGAGCCCGGCGGCAGCCAGCUGGAGCCCGGCUUUUCGCAGGCGGACACUCCGCGCCUCAUCGUGGAGGACUCGCAGCCUGAGAGCGCGGGCGAGGGCAGCCUCGCCCCGUCGUCCCGCCAGCUCCUGGCGCGUCGCGGUCCGAGCCCCGUGCUGGUGGGUGCGGGCGGCGAGCGGCCCUCUGCGCGGCGCGGCCCUGCCUCACGCAGCGCUCUCCUCUCUUGCAGGAGCUCGUGCGUGGCCGCGGCGGGAGACGCGCAGGCGGCGGCGCAGGGCGGGCGCCAGGCGCAGGUAAGGGCGGGCGGGAGGCGGGCGCCAGGCGCAGAUUCAGGCACGUCACAGCUGCAGUUUGGUGCUUUAGAGCUUUCACAGAGCCAGGACUUUGAGAGUGAUUUUGCACCCAGUGAAGGAGAUGCUGACCCUUUAUCUUUAAAACUUGAGAAGAACAAUACAAAAGAUGAACUGAAUGUGGGUAGCAGUGAAACUGUUUCCAGCAGAGAAACACAUACUGCUCUAGAGUGCCCGCCAGGGAUGCCUGAACGAACUCUGAAUGAAGGAACAGAGGGUACCAAGAAACAAAUUCAUGUCUCUGAUCUGCKUAAAACUGAGAAAUCCCCUCAUUGCAGUCAUCAGGAGUCAGAGAUCUUGUCAACUCAGGAAGAGAUGUUUCCUGAGGAUAAUGCAUCAGCCUCUGAGAGUGGCUGCAUCAUAACCAAAGUGGAAGAGGGAAGAUCUCUAGCAUGCACUCCUGCUCGCAGUCUGCACCUCCUACAGCUCUCUGGACAGGGAUCCCAUAUGCCAGAGAGUCACUCCAAUGGUUCUUCAGGCCUAGUUGUUCCUUCUCCUGAUGCCUUUGAAGCCAACACUCUUGUCCCUAGCAGUCCUACUGAACAGGAAGAAGCAAAAGAAGAACAUGUGGAUAUAUCACUCCCAGCUGAMGGAACAAAUUUGAUACAGGAGAAGCGGAGAGCAGAUGUGCUAGUGGAGAUCAGCACCCCAUGUAUCCUACCAGAACCUCCUGUCUUGCUGCAGGCUUCAACUCCAGUGUCCCAGUGUGCCCCAGCUUUCUUUCCUGGAUCUUUGCCUAUACCAUCACAACCAGAGUUCUCUCAUGAUAUCUUUAUUCCAACUCCAAGUCCAGAGGAGAGGCAUAAAGGAGAAGAUAAAACUGCUAUUUUACCCCAUUCAUGCUUGUCUGGAGAUCUUUCUGGACCCACAGGUGCUUUAUCAAGGAUGCCUGUAGGGGACUGUGUUUCACAGCCUUCCGACACCUGUAAGCUAAUGCUUUCCGUCAGUGAAUGUAGCCAGCCCACAAAUACAGAAGACAGUUCAGGCUCUCUGGAAACUGGCCGAGAGAGUGAAAAUACACAGAUAGAGAUGGUUUCUGAACGUAAGGCCUCUGGUUUGAGUCUCAGUUCCUUGAAGAAUGACAAUCUACAGCUGAGACUGGAUGCAGGACACCAAGCUCUCUUUGAGAACUAUGAAAAAGCAAAAGAGGAGGAUGUCGAGGUCACAGGAAAGCCUGUAAUGUUAGUUGCUGAAGGCAUAGCAAAUGAUAGGUCAUUAGUCCGUACGUGUGACAGCGAUCAUGAGUGCAGUUCUAGAAGACAGGUUGCUGCAGAUCUGUCUGACCAGCCUAAGAGUUCAUCAUAUACUCCAGGUAAAGCAGCACAGUUUGAUAAUCCACUGGAGGAAAAUUCUGAACCUGAGGCAAUUCCUGAGACUCAAUGUGAAGAACAAGAAAAGCAGCAGGUAGAAAUGAAGCAAGCAAAUGAAGAUGGGUCUCUUAUCAACAUAAGUGAUACUCAGAAAUUUAUUCUUGAAAACAAAGUGCAGUGUCAUGAAGAAAUGGAAGUGGAAUUGGCCGAUGGUUCUUGUAAAAAUAUCAAAAACUUGUCAGAUCAGACCCAGGAAUUAGAAAAGUCUGAACCAAAAAACUGUGGGGAAAAAAUUUCAAAAGCUUGCAUUUUGGGCAAUGCAGAGGUCMCAAACAUGGAGAAACUGUCCUUUAGGAGUGUUUCAGAAAACAUACCAAAGCUCAGUAAAGUCUUAUCUCCGCCUUCUGUAGGAGGGUUAUUGGAACAGCCCAACAAUUUGCUUUCCAAGUUAAAGACUGACAUUUCCUCAGAAGUGGCACUGUGUAAAAACCAUCCUGACAGUUCUGAAUUAGGUCAGAUAAUGAAUCAGCCAGCAUAUCAGGAGAAAGGGGCUAAUAUGCUGGUGACUCUGCAAGAGAAUCAGGUGCCAAAGAGUACAACAGAUAUUGUUAUGACAAGGAAUCUGGAGCAGGAAGAGCAGAAGCAGCCACAGGAGAAGGCAGCUGCCAAGUUCCCUAGUCCUUCCAGUGUUACGAAGUGAUCUUCACUGCUGUUUGUGACAGCUGUGGCUGUUUCUUC